UGGAUGGUCUCGCCGCCUCAGUGCCCGGGUGUGCUAGCCGCCGCCGCCGCCGUGGUCUGCAGGAGCUGCGGAGCCGAGAUGAGCGCAGAGGAGAAUCCAGCCAGCAAGCCCACACCGGUGCAGGACGUGCAGGGCGACGGGCGCUGGAUGUCCCUGCACCAUCGGUUUGUGGCCGACAGCAAAGAUAAGGAACCCGAAGUCGUCUUCAUUGGAGACUCUUUGGUCCAGCUAAUGCACCAGUGCGAGAUCUGGCGGGAGCUCUUCUCUCCUCUGCACGCACUUAACUUUGGCAUUGGCGGUGACAGCACGCAGCACGUGCUGUGGCGGCUGGAGAAUGGCGAGCUUGAACACAUCCGGCCCAAGAUUGUGGUGGUCUGGGUGGGUACCAACAACCACGGGCACACGGCUGAGCAGGUGACUGGUGGCAUCAAGGCCAUUGUGGAACUGGUGAACCGGCGGCAGCCCCAGGCCCGAGUCGUAGUGUUGGGCCUGCUUCCACGGGGCCAGCACCCCAACCCACUUCGGGAGAAGAACCGACAGGUGAACGAGCUGGUGCGGGCAGCGUUGGCUGGCCACCCACGAGCCCACUUCCUGGAUGCCGACCCUGGCUUUGUGCACUCGGACGGCACCAUAAGCCACCAUGAUAUGUAUGAUUAUCUGCAUCUGAGCCGCCUGGGCUACACACCUGUCUGCCGGGCCCUGCACUCCCUGCUUCUGCGUCUGCUGGCCCAAGACCAGGGUCAGAGCGUCCCUCUGGUGGAGCCUACACCCUAAGCAACCUGCCUUCCCACGCAUUAAAUUCUUGCUUCGCAGU